CCUCCCGAGUGCUGGGAUUAAAGGCGUGUGCUACCACAUCCGGCCACUUGUGUGUUUUAAUGCGAAGGUUUUAAUCCAGGGUUUCUAGGGACCUGCAUUUUCCCACGGGUUGACCUCAGAACUUUCUGGGGGGUGUGUGGUGGCUUUAUGCAUCCGAGGUAGCAGUUGUCAGCCACCAAAUGUGGUAACUGUCUUCCACAAAGGACAAUCACAUACUUUGAGGGUCCUAGUUCACCAUCCAACUCUGCCUCCAUAGUGUGUAUGGAGCCUUAGCCAAUGAAAAUUAACGGGUGUGUCUGGACUGUAGCCCAUAAGAGCAAAGAGGUGUGGCCCGCCAUCCUCAAUAAGUCAAUAAAACUUUAUUCACAAAAGGAGGUAACAAUAGCCAUGGAUGGGCCUGGGGGCUGUGGUUAUACCCCCUCACGUCCUGGUUGUGAAAUAUCUGCCAUAUACGUGAGCCAUUUCUGGAUUUUUUUCCUUUUCAAGUUUGAAUGCGUUUCCUCAGCUUUAAGACGGAAGCCCUGCCUGGCUUCCAGUCCUGUCUCCCGUCUCACCACAGCUCUGUGACCUUGAGUGGUGACUAGCCUCUCUGUGCCUUUCUCUUUCAGUGGGACUGUUAGUAUUCUCCUACUCCAUGGAGUACGGCGGUGUUCAGCAGAGCGUGGGGCGUGAGAUCAUGCUUUAAGGAGUUUAAUUCCAUCGCCUCGAAGGAGCUGUCUGUACCACAGGAGGAAGGCGAGCAUUCUCCUAAACGUUUAAUUGAACUCCGCCGGGAAUUUAAGAAAAAUGUGCCAGAGGGAAUCAGAGAGAUGGUGGCUCCCGUGCUGAAGAGCUUCCAAGCCGAGGUGGUGGCUCUGAGUAAGAGAAGCCAGGAAGCAGAGGCGGCACUCCUAAGUGUUUAUAAGCAAUUAAUUGAAGCGCCAGACACCAUUCCUUCUUUUGAGGUGGCGCGGACUCUGGACGACAGACUGCAGCGCCCCAGCUUUGACCCCAGUGGGCAGCGCCUACAAGACGUGCGCGUCUCGUGGAAGAGGUGCCCAGAGCCGCCCAGCGUCAGAGAGCAGCACGAGGGGACGUGCCCUACCGGGCACACGCCGGCCAAGGGCAGCCAUCUGCACACCCAGCACAGCCUCCUGACAGACACCUUGUUGCAGAAGGAUGAGGCCGAGAGACAGAAGGGCCUCCAAGAAGUCCACGUCACCUUGGCAGCCAGGCUGGGGGAGGCAGAGGAGAAAAUCAAGGUGUUACAUUCAGCGCUAAAGGCCACACAGACGGAGCUGCUGGAGCUGAGGAGGAAAUACGAUGAGGAGGCUGCGUCCAAGGCAGAUGAGGUCGGCCUGAUCAUGACAAACCUGGAAAAAGCCAACCAGCGAGCAGAGGCUGCCCAGCGGGAGGUGGAAAGCCUCCGGGAGCAGCUGGCAUCGGUGAACAGCUCCAUCCGCCUGGCUUGCUGUUCCCCCCAGGGACCCAGUGGGGAGAAGGUGAGCUUCGCGCUGUGCUCAGGGCCCCGGCUGGAGGCAGCCCUGGCCUCCAAGGACAGAGAGAUCCUGAGGCUACUGAAGGAUGCCCAGCAGCUACGACACUCCUUGCAGGAGCUGGAGGAGGUCUCAGCCAACCAGAUCGCUGACCUGGAGCGGCAGCUAGCAGCCAAAUCUGAGGCCAUAGAGAAACUACAAGAAAAGCUGGAGGCCCAGGCUGACUAUGAAGAGAUUAAAACAGAGCUGAGCAUCCUGAGAGCCAUGAAGCUGGCCUCCAGCGCUUGCAGCCUCCCGCAGCCUUGCUUCCCGUCUCCUCAGGGCCUGACCAAGCCAGACGACCCUCUGCUCAUGGCCAAGGAGGCCUUCUUUCCCACACAGAAGUUCCUGCUGGAGAAGCCAGCGCUGCUGGCCAGCCCUGAGGAGGACCCCUCCGAGGACGACUCUAUCAAGAGUUCACUGGGCACGGAGCCCUCCUACCCUCCUCAGCUUCCGCCUCCACCAGGCCUGGAAGACCCACUGUCCCCAAGCCCCGGGCAGCCGCUGCUGGGCUCCAGCCUGGGUCCCGAUGGGCCAAGGACUUUCUCCCUGUCCCCCUUCCCCAGCCUGGCACCCGCGGAGAGGCUGGCUGGGGACCCCCUGCUGCCCAAGCACAUAAUGGGCCCGGCGGCGGCGGCCUUCAAAGGGGAGGCGGCGGGCAACCUGCUGGCGUUCCCACCGGCCUUCUAUGGUGGUGCCAAGCCUCCGGCCACCUCCGCGCUCGGCCCCGAGCCCGCUGGGGCCCCAGAGGCCGCGGACGGGGCUGGGCCCGAGGAGGAGCAGCUGGACACGGCCGAGAUCGCCUUCCAGGUGAAGGAGCAGCUGCUGAAGCACAACAUCGGCCAGCGCGUGUUCGGCCACUACGUGCUGGGGCUGUCGCAGGGCUCGGUGAGUGAGAUCCUGGCGCGGCCCAAGCCCUGGCGCAAGCUCACGGUCAAGGGGAAGGAGCCCUUCAUCAAGAUGAAGCAGUUCCUGUCGGAUGAGCAGAACGUGCUGGCCCUGCGCACCAUCCAGGUGCGGCAGCGAGGCCCCACAGCCGCCAUCUUCGUGCCUCCCCCAGGCAGCAUCACCCCGAGAAUCCGAACACCCGAGACGGGCUCCGACGACGCCAUCAAGAGCAUCCUGGAGCAGGCGAAGAAGGAGAUCGAGUCUCAGAAGGGAGGUGAGCCCAAGAAUUCCACAGCCUCCGUGAGCAUCCCCAACGGCACGGCCUCCUCCAGCACCUCGGAAGACGCCAUUAAGAACAUUCUGGAACAAGCCCGCCGCGAAAUGCAAGCCCAGCAGCAGGCCCUGCUGGAUAUGGAGUCAGGACCCAGGGGCCGCUCUGUGCCUCCCUCUCCUCCGGAGCGGCCCUCGCUGGCCGCUGUGAGCCAGAACGGGGCCCUGGCCUGCGUGAAGCAGGAGGAUGGCGGUGGUGGUUGCAGCAGCAGCAGCUGCAGCAGUAGCAGCAGCAGCAGCAGCAGCAGCAGCAGUGCGCAGGCGCCGCUGGCUGUCCUGUCCCCUGCGGCCUUUGUGCAGCGGAUUAUCCGCAAGGUCAAGUCGGAGAUCGGCGACGCCGGCUACUUUGACCACCACUGGGCGUCGGACCGCGGCCUGCUCAGCCGCCCCUAUGCCUCCGUGUCGCCCUCGCUCUCCUCCUCUUCCUCCGGCUACUCGGGACAGCCCAAUGGGCGAGCCUGGCCCCGCGGGGACGAGGCAGCCAUCGCCCCCGAGGAUGAGGCAGCCGUGGGCGAGGAUGAGCCUCCCAGGGUGGGAGAGUUCAAGACCGAGGCCGGGGUCCCCGAGGUGGGCGGCGGGAGGCUGCCCUACUACCCGGCCUACGUGCCCCGCACACUCAAGCCCACCGUGCCGCCCCUGACGCCCGAGCAGUACGAGCUGUACAUGUACCGGGAGGUGGACACGCUGGAGCUGACCCGCCAGGUCAAGGAGAAGCUGGCCAAGAACGGCAUCUGCCAGCGCAUCUUUGGGGAGAAGGUCCUGGGGCUGUCCCAGGGCAGCGUGAGUGACAUGCUGUCACGCCCAAAGCCAUGGAGCAAGCUGACCCAGAAGGGCCGAGAGCCCUUCAUCCGCAUGCAGCUGUGGCUUUCAGACCAGCUAGGCCAGGGCCAGACCCCAAGCCAGCAGCCCAGCGCCACGCAGGCCAGCCCCACUGAGCCGGGGUCCUCACCAUCACCUCCCCCGAGCCCUACGGAGCCCGAAAAGACUUCCCAGGAGCCCCUGGGCCUGUCGCUGGAAAGCAGCAAAGAGAACCAGCAGCCUGAGGGUCGGGCCAGCUCCUCCCUGGGCGGGAAGUCCUUCUCAGGCAGCCAGGCUGCAGGGGGCAUCCAGGAGAUGGUGGCCAUGUCCCCAGAGCUGGACACAUACUCCAUCACCAAGAGGGUCAAGGAGGUCCUCACAGACAACAACCUAGGGCAGCGGUUGUUUGGCGAGAGCAUCCUGGGGCUGACACAGGGCUCCGUGUCGGACCUGCUGUCCAGGCCCAAGCCCUGGCACAAGCUGAGCCUGAAGGGCCGGGAGCCUUUCGUACGCAUGCAGCUGUGGCUGAGCGACCCCCACAACGUGGAGAAACUGCGAGACAUGAAGAAGCUGGAGAAGAAAGCCUAUCUGAAGCGCCGCUACGGACUCAUCGGCACAGGCUCGGACAGCGAGUCGCCCGCUGUGCCCUCGGAGUGCCCCAGCCCCUGCCAGCAGCCCCAGGAGCUGAGCCUCCUGCAGGCCAAGAAGCCCCGCGUGGUGCUGGCGCCCGCCGAGAAGGAGGCGCUGCGGAAGGCCUACCAGCUGGAGCCCUACCCCUCCCAGCAGACCAUAGAGCUGCUCUCACUCCAGCUCAACCUCAAGACCAACACUGUCAUCAACUGGUUCCACAACUACAGGUCCAGGAUGCGUCGGGAGAUGCUGGUGGAGGGGACACAGGAUGACCCAGACUUUGACCCAAGCGGGGGUCCCGGUGUCCUGCCACCUGGCCACACCCACAGAGACCCCACCCCGCAGAGCCCUGACUCAGAGGCUGAGGACCAAAAGCCCCCAAUGAAGAGCCUGGAGCUGCAGGGAUCUGAGAGCCCCGCCCCCCGGGGAGCCGCCCCGGACAGGGCGCUGGUGAGGAUUAAGCAGGAGGAGGAGGAGACAGAGGUGGAUGAGGACAGCCAGCCCCUGGAUGGAGGGGAUCCAGACAGAGGGGAAGGCAGCCCCAAAGAGGAGCAGACCCCCCCUCUGGGGAACACUGGACUCCCAGAGCUGGCCCCCAGGCCCUCCCUUUCAGACACGUCCAACCCAGGCUGCCCUGCCUUGCACCCCCCUGAAGAAAAGGAGGUUGGCGAACAGGUUCACUCAGACCCUGUGGGUUUCAAGUCCGCCUCGGAAUCCUCAUGCUGCAGCCUGGAGGGGCCGCCGAACUCACCCUCGGCCCUCUCUUCCCCGGACCUCACGACAUCAUGCGCGUCACCCGUCCCCUCCUCCUCGGCCCCCAUCUCCCCGUCCCUACCUGGCGCCCCACCUGCCAAAGUGCCGAGUGCCAGCCCCGCUGCUGACACAGCUGCAGCCUUGCACCCCAGCACCAAGGUGAACCCCAACUUACAGCGGCGGCAUGAGAAAAUGGCCAACUUGAAUAGUAUAAUCUACCGGCUGGAGAGGGCUGCCAACCGGGAAGAGGCCCUGGAGUGGGAAUUCUGAAGGGGGGGGUGGUUGGGGGUGAGGGAUGGACCCCCAGCGGUCACCUUCGCUCUCCUUCCCCCCCCUCCCUCUCCCAGAUGGGGGUGGGGCCAGAGAGGUAAGAACUCAGCCAUGUAAAUGUGGACAGCAAUGUUAAGCCGUUUACGUUUAUUGGUGUAACGCUAGUUACCUGAAGUUGUGUGUGAGCAGAUGCCACGCCUCUUCUUUUUCACGGCCCUGCUGGUAGGAGGAGGCACUGGGAUCCUGCCCUUGUCCCCCUCCCCCUGUGGGAGGCAGGAACAAAAAACGGCACCACAUUUCUCACCCAAAAACUCCAAACUCUUUUAGAAAAAUAAAGAAAUAUUUAUAGACCUCUUUCAGCUAUUUUAAUAAAAGGAUCCUUUGGAAUUUAUCCCCAGCCGAUGCUGUUUUGAUAUUAAAGAGAGUUAUAAAAUCAGAUGCUGUCACUGCUGCUGUGGAGCAGACACAGACGCUGUGUGAUUUUUUGUUUUUUUUUUGCCAUGAGAUGAGAUUAAAAGACAACUGUUCAAAGCCAUCGCAAAGCACUCUUAAGACGGACCAAAUUCAGAAAAACCCUUGGACUGCGGGUUUUGGUGUUUCUUCCCCCACGCCUGUCUGUGAGACACAGCACCAUGCCACUGCCCUUCCAGAACCCGUAACGCAAAGAGAAAGUCCAAAAGACUCUAAAUGAAAACCUCCAUGCUGCUGAGGGUGGGACCAUGUCGCCGGCGGCCUGUCUGCAGCCUCCAGGUCGCAGGAGAUGCCGUCGCUGGUGGAAAUGUUGCCCUUAGCGAAUGUCGUGUGUUUCACAAAGGCCUCCAAGCCCAGGGUUAGAAACCUUCUGUGGACAGACAAAGUGUUUCCAGAACCUUUGGGAAAACUGGGGUGUGGGGGAGGGACUCAAAGAGGGCCACUUAUGUCAGAGUGACCCUGGCUCCCAUCCUGAAUCGUGGCCGUACUUGGAAGUUUUCUCCUAAGGUCUGAGCAAGGCCUCUCCAUUCCAGAAAUCCCUGUGGCUUCCACCUUCCUUAUUUCUAGAAGGGAAAGCUUUGCUUCACCGUACCCCCCCCCCCCCCAAAAGCUUAGCAACCAGCUCUGAAAACUAGAUCCAUCCAGUCAGAUACCUCAACUCUGUUUCUCACCAUCUUCUGAAGUUAACAUCGGUGCAUCUCUGGAACGUGUCCAGGAGUCUGUGGAACUCGGUAAGGCCAAAGUCACUACGACAGGGCCACCAUAUCCCUCCCGCCUCUUGGUCUAUUUUCCUACGCAAGACCUGCUUGGGAUCAAAAAAAUGUGACUCCUCUGACUCUGAAACAGCCUUCCUCCAACCUGAUCGGGAUUUCCAGGGAGAAAGGUCCCAGGGGAUGCGGCGGCCUCCGUAUCAGAUCAGCUGUUGAGUCUCUCCUGCUUUUAUUCCUUUUUUUUUUUUUUUUUUUUUUCCACGCUGUGGAAGCUGAACUGGCCGUGAUGAUGAAUGUGUGGGCAUCUCUGUCGCCAUUCCAUGCUCGAGGGACAAACGGCUCUUCCGAUGCAGUGACUAUCUUGAAAUCAUGUGAGCCUAAAGUUGGCCACCAGAAAGGAACAAAAUAAUAAUGUUCUGGAAUUUCUAACUCUCAUGUGCCCAGCCAGGCUGCAGACAGAUGACAUCCAUCAGGCCCCGGAAAACCUCGUUUCCACACAUAACCCUGGCUAUGCAUUGAGACGUUUUCCACUAUAUACAUUUUUAUCCAGAGGAGGGUAUUUUUGUAUUUUGACACUAGGAAACCAUGAUGAGUGUUCAGAGGAAUCCAUUCUGGGACAAACAAAGCCUGUCUCGGCCUCCGUUGCUACACACACCCCACCCCCACCCCCAGGGAGACCCUGCCACUUUUCACCGGGAAACUACCUGUUGAGGUGAUCCACGCUACACGUCGAUGUGACCCAGCAGAAUUCACUUCGGCUUUAGUGCGACGGGAUUUGGUGUUGACCUUUGAACACAGAAUCCUGGUUGUGCGGAAGCCCACGGACCUGCAGCCGGAUCCAUCCAGUUCACAUCCUACGACGGUUUGAAACAAGCAAACGUACACACAAACUGUUUCUAUGAGCGAUUGAUGAUGAUGAACUUUGUCUAAAAUUUUACAGGAGGGACACAUUCUGUAAACACGUCCCUAAAUACAGAAUUGUAUAAUAA